CCCUCAUCCUUCGCUCCUCUGUACAACAUGGUCGGUGGGGAGAAUGCUCCCCCUCCCGCCAUCCACUUUUGCACUGUUGCAUGCGCGCACGUCAGAGGGAGACGCUUUGCAGAGCAGCAGAAUCAGAAGUCUUUGAAACAGUUCCACGGCAGCGACCUGACAAAGCCGUGAGAUGGAGACCUUAUACCACUGUCCCUCGUCAAACGUCUGCAGACCGCUCCACAAUUCCAGCGUGUCCCCGAACUCCACCGGGGGUAACACCACGGCCGCCGCCGCCGCCGCCGCCGCCAGCCUCUACACCGAAGCCGACCUCUUGGACAUCCUCGGCCCCAAACGUUCUCCCUUCUUUCUCCCGGUGGCUGCCGUGUACCUGCUCAUCUUCCUGGUGGGCUUGAGCGGGAACCUUCUGACAUGCGCCGUGGUGGCCAAACACAAGAAGAUGCGCAACACCACCAACCUGUACCUGGUCAGCUUGGCCGUGUCCGACCUUCUCAUGCUGGCCUUCGGAAUGCCCAUGGAGAUCUACGAUCUGUGGCAGAACUACCCGUUUCCCUUUGGUGCCGGCGGCUGCUACUUCAAGACGUUCAUCUUUGAGACCGUCUGCUUCGCGUCCAUCCUCAACGUCACGGCAUUGAGCGUGGAGCGCUACAUCGCCGUAAUGCACCCUCUCAAGACCCGUUACAUAACCACCAAGAGGCACACCAAGCGGGUCAUCGGCGCCGUGUGGGCAGUGUCCAUGGUGUGCGCCGUACCCAAUAUGUCCUUGCACGGUAUCUUCUACCUCCAGGGCCGCAUGAGGGAGUCGGCCAUUUGCACCGUGCUCCAGCCGGUGUGGAUGUACCACAUGCUCAUGCAGAUCACCACCGUCUGCUUCUUCUUCGUCCCCAUGAUGGUGAUCGGCGUGCUCUACCUGGUGAUGGGCCUGCAUCUGGGCAGGGAGACGAGGCAGAGGCGGGUCACCUUGGGGAAGAACUGGGGCAGCGAUGAGGGCGGGCGACGGACGCAAGUCAUCAAGAUGCUCUCCAUCGUGGUGGCGGUGUUCGGCGUGUGCUGGGCGCCCUUCCACACGGAGCGCCUGCUGUGGAGCUCCGUGGGCCAGUGGACCGACCUCAUGCAUAACAUCUACCAGUACGUCCACAUCCUGUCGGGGGUCCUCUUCUACCUCAGUUCUGCCGUCAACCCAGUCAUCUACAGCCUGAUUUCCACGCGAUUCCGCGAGUGCUUCAGCGACCUCGUGUGCUCGCGGGUCGACGAACCGGACUCUCCGCCGCCCCCGAAGAUUUCGCUGGUCCUCUCCGCCUCCGGGGUCCAGACGGGAGGUCAGGACUCGUUGAUCCGCUUACUGUCUCCACCGACGACACAGGACGUGGACGCCGCGUUACUCUCAAGUGCUUGCGACGACACGGCUUCCAAGAUUUCGGUGUUCUGAGAUAUCAUUCCAAUGCCCAAAACAUUGUCUUAUCGUAGGACUAAAACAGAUCAUUCCAACCGGUUUUUAUGUCAUGCUACCUGGACUGUUCGCCUGUCAAUCACAGAAUUGACAUGAAGAGACAAAAUGGGAGACGAUUUAGGGCCGACUCACACUAGCGGGCGUUUCAAAGCGUGGCAGAUGUUUCAGUGUGCCAUGGCUUCUCUACCUGUUGCACCACUGCAAUUUUCGGGACUCAGAUUUGAAGUCGUUCUGUUCAUUUCUGUUGUGCAAGGUCGCGCUUCUCAUAAGUAAGUGGCAAGAGAAGCUGUCCCAUUAAUUAUAUUAAUUAUAUGACAAGUACAUGAGCCUGUGCUGUGGACCUUUUUUUUUUUUACUAUGGAUGAUUUCAAUUUGUUCUGUUUAUUUCUAUUGUGCGAUGUGGCGGUUAUCGUGACCGGCAAGAGGUGUGUGUGUUCAUAUUGAUCAUGACACGUACUGUAUGUACCGGACAUUUCGUGUAUGCCAGUGUUGUGGCCUUUUUAUUUCAC